AUGUCCAGCUGUAGCGCACAUCGACUCAAACCGAGUCAGCAGCCACACAUCUACCAUCCCGCCUGCUACAAGCCCACGCAAGCUCCCCGUAGCCAGGCACAACGCAGCUCCCGCCUGCUCCUCACCCCGGCCCCAGCGCCCACUGCCCCAGCCAGCCCAAGCCCGACGAGCAGCUCCCGGCCCCCAGGCUCGGGAGGGCAGCUGCGGAGCCCCACAGCUCCCGGCUGCCAGAUACCCACUCCACAAACCCAGUCGGUGAAGCGCCGGCGCCCAGCAGCGCCGCCCGCCACAGGCCCCGCUCGCCACUUCCGGGUAGGGGGAGGCAGGGCGGUGCCCAUUCAGUGCCGCGCGCGCACUACGCUGGACUUACCCUCCCCUGCGGCUCCCAGCACGGCUCGGGAACGGGCGCACGUCGGGAGGACGUCCUUGUUGGCGAGCGACUCCAGUACGACGAUGGCGGACGGAGAAGCGUCUAAUGAAAAGCGGAAAGGAGGAAGAGUCGUGAAGUCCCGCUACCUGCAGUGCGAUAAGAAAGAAGUCAAGAAGGUACUUGGGCGUCUCGCUGCCGAGCUCAGGAUACUUCAGCAAAGUCCUUUUCAAACUGCUACUAAACAGUCUUGUACAACUAAACCAAGAUCAGUUCUUCCUCAGAAAUGCAGAACUCCUGUUGGUGCUGUCUCUAGAUCAUCAAAUCAGAAUAGUUUUGAGAAGAGUGUCCUUCAGUCCACAUUAUUAGGCGAAGACAAAAUCAGUCGGCCAGACCUUGAUCUUUCAACUAUUAGUGGUGGUAAAACCAUCCACCUAGAGACAUCUGCUUGGGAAGGAGAUUCAGAAACAUGUCAGAACCCACGACAAGCGGGAUAUGAUUCUGAUGCUCUGAUCGAAGAGCUGGAAUCUCAAACGCUGCUUUUAACUUACCUAAGAAUAAAGGCAGGAAAAAAUCUUUCUGAGAUGGAGAAAAAAGCAGAACAAAACUUGUUAAAGUUGUGUGAAGAAAGGGAGAGACAACAGGAGAAGCUCUGUAAGUUGAAGCGUGAAGUUCUACUCAAAGAGAGAGACCAGAAACUCAGUGAGGCAUUAGACAAACAGGUGGAAAUACUCUCUCCUCUUGUUCCUGCUUGUGAACAGCUCAAAGAGCAAUAUAAGAGCUUUGCAGUUUCCUUGGAUGCCACUAGACAUGAGCUGCCCACAAAGGACAUUCACAUAGAAGGAGACACACAAGCAUACCUUGAUGAACUGCAAAAGCAGCUAACCAUCACCCAGGGACUUCUGACAGAAGUGAUGCCAAGCUUCUCAGGAGAAAGUGCAAAAGCAUGCAGUAUGCUGAAAGAGCUUAAAGAAGUUUCUCAGAAACUGGAUGAAGAGCUCCAAAGGAGCUUCACACAAGUACAGAACCUGUCGUUUGAAGUCAGUAAAGAAGUUUCUCUACAUAACCAAAGAGUAUGUGAAGAGAACCAUGGACUGGAUGUGGUGAAGCAUUGGUACUUCAGCUGAGGGGGGAAGGUACUGACAAGUGGCCACUGAGGCAGUGCCAGCACACCUGUAUGAGGUACAGCUUGUCUGGUCAGUUACACCAGAACAUGAA